AUGCGUCUCAUCCUGGUCCUCUCUGCUCUGCAGGGCGCUGCCCUUGCUCAAAAGGACGAAACGCAUACUAGAGAAUACUGCGAAACGAGAAUGAGCAGAACCCCGGCUACUGAUGCACAUACUGUCACUAUUCACACGAAGGUCGAAGUGACCGCGACCAAACCACGUUGCCUAAAAAAGAACAAACAUGAAACCUACAAGAUCACCCUAGGUCCUGUCACUACCACUAUUGUUACCAGGUCCAUCUAUACCGCCUUGGUUACCGCUCCCCAAAAGAUUAAAACACUCACAAUCACAAAAACCCGCACCGAUACCGAUGUGAUGACUCCCACCUUCAUGAAAACUGACACGACGGUUUAUACCAGCACUUCAACCCUUACGUCAACUGUUACAGUCCCAACGGUCUCCGGGUUUACACCCCUUGCCUCGGCAUCCAGUUAUGUUUCUCGAAAGCGAAGUCUAUCCAAACGAACCUUGCCCAGAAGGAAUGCUUGGGAGGACAUUGCGCAUGUUUUCCCGCCACGAGUCUUUCCUCGCAAAGUCAAGCCCAAGAAGCUAAAGGGCCCCUGUACCAUCAAGAUCGACGCCGACGAUAAAAAGCAUCCCGUUGAACCAGCUCAAUUCCGUGGCAUGGUCGCGUGUUAUAAUACCCUCCAGAUAACCAAAACCACGGAUGUUAAAAGUUGUAUACCGUGGACAAAAACGAUUACGCUUGAUCAAAAGACCGCUACAGAACAUGAAACCACUAGAGGAUUUGUUACAAGUACAGUCACCGAAGCUGAUACCACAGUGACUGCGGACGACACUACAACGACAACUUCGACACUCACUAAAGCAACUACAACGAAAACCACCACGGAAACUGAAACCGAUCUUGCCCCAGCCGAAAGCUCCUGGGCUGCUUGCAACGCUGACAAUCUCGUCAAGUCGGCAAACGGCGGACAUGGAAUUAAUGCAGUGAAUCUUGGAAUGAACCACUACAAUAUUCUUCCACUACUCACUGCUUAUGACUGUUGUGUUCAGUGCCAUCAGAAGCGGAAUUGCAUCUUUUCCGCUGCGUAUCGUGACGCGUGCUACCAUGUCAUUGGUACUGGCUGCCUUCCAGAGCAGGCGUUUGGCACAAACUUUACAACAUUUGGAAAACUACUCCCUAAAGAUGGACCUACGCUGAGUAAUGGCCCGUGUGGCCAUAUCCAGAACGCUGGAGAUUCUGGGUGA